AUGACUCCUCUCGUACGUUUAGUUGCAACUUCGCAAAAGUUUUGUUACCGAGGCGAUUGGUCGAAGCACCAUGAGCUUCGAACAGCCGCCUGCACCAACAACAAGACCUGUGCCAUUAUGCUGAAAACUGCUGGUGAUGAACAAUUUAAUACAUGUAUUUUAGAUUAUGGCGAGACCAAACAGGCAAGAGCUCUGUGUUUUGUGCAGUUUUCAGAGAACAUGACUUUCUACAAGAAAGUUAUCGAGUUUCAUUCGGGAAGGAAGUUUCAGACGAUCGCCAUCUUCAUGUGUAGUCUUGAGAAAUGUAACGACAGGCGCCAAUAUGCAGAACUUCUCAAGAAUUAUCAGUCGAAACAAUUCGAGUUAAACGCGGUUGGCGAGAAAUCAAAAAAUGAGGAUGCCAAUAAAAAUGACAAUAAUAAAGUUAUGAGAAAAGUUUUGAUCAAGUACUACGUCAAUAAAGAUGAAGCAAAGUUCAACAUACUCGAAGUUGAGGUGCCGAAGAGUGUUGCUGCUAACUCGCUUGAUGGCAGCAGAAUUGAUCGCAAUUUCUAUUACCACGAAGAUAAGGAUUUUGGAUAUCCAUCUAUUUUUCAACCAGUAGAUGAUGGAGAAGCAGAUAGUGCCGUUGAUAAGAUAAAUCCUCUUGAGUUCAUGAAUGAAGAGUACAACAUCAAUUAA